AUGAUUAUAGUUUGGUUGAUAUUAUCACUAUUUACUUCAUUAUGUCUCUCAGUGCUGCCAGACCCAAAUCCAAGCAAAAUAGAUAGGCCCAUUUUAAAAAUCAGUACAAGAACUCACGAUAAGAUUAUCAUAAUCAAUAACCUACAAGAGAUUGCCAACAAUAUAUCGGUUGGAAUGACGAGUUAUGAAAAGUUCAACCGGUUAUCAUCCAAUGAAAUGAGAGAAUGUGUUGAAGGCUCGUGCAUCAAGUUUUAUAUUCGAGAAAUCAAAUGCACAGAUAGAACUUUUAUUGCCAGUGAAUGUCGAACUAAUCUUAAUGCACGAUUUCAAUCAAUCUUGCAACCAACGACAAAUAUCCACAAUUUGAUAUUGAGAGAUGAAGACUCUUUGGACACCCAAUUGAAAACUAACUUGGUGGACCAUUUCAGUUCUUUCCGUCAAUUCAAAGAGUUUAAGUUUAAUGAUUUUAACAAUAAUUUGAAUUACGAUUUACAAUGUCUUGUAGAUUAUCAACUGUUGAUGCAAGUUCAUUUUAAACAAACUGUAGUUGAGGUUAAUUUGAUGGGAACAACAGAAGUAGCAGAUGCUUGCCAAUUUGAUAAAAUCAACCCCAAUUUUGAUGGACUGAGACUGGUGUAUACAACAACAUAUUUACCUGUAAACGGUACGUUCUAUUGCCAAAAGGGUAAAUCACAGACGUGUAAUAGAACAAUAGCGGAAUCCAAGAAUUCAAGGUAUAAAUUGCCCGAUAUCUGCGGAUAG